AUGCCGCUAAACCCUAAAGGACACCAAAAGACAAGUACACCGCCAACGCGGUCAUCCUCAAGACUAGCUGUAAACGAGAUUAUAGCUUCGAAUAGUGAAGUCAAGGACAUAGUGAGCGCUCAGAACUAUCUCACUCAGACGGCAAUGGCCAUCAGCGGCAAACCGUACUCCAUUGACAACCUUUCAGACAUUCUCUUCCACAUCACGCAGCUCCCAGGAAUGAAUCUCCCAGCACAGAAUGCCAUAAGAGCAGUAGCUUUUCUACUCGAAGAAGCGGCUGAAAUAAAAAUGGCAGACAAAGUAGCUAAACUAGUUCUAACCGCCAUCACUCCGCAAAUUGCAAAGCUACAAGACACCUCGGAGAACAUCACAUCAUCUGCAUCAAAGCUCGAAACAACACAGGCUAAGAUCACUGACGUCUCAUCGAACCUCUCUGGGAACACUGCUGACAGAAUUAUAGACUCAGCAACAAUAGAUUCACAUCUUGAAAAGAUGCAAGAAGCUGUCACUACACUAACCACGCAAGUCAAAGAAGCAAACAAUCAAGGGAACUACAAGAAGGCGCUACUCACAGGACUCGACACCAACACCGACCCUCUAACAACCCAAAGAGCAGCCAGAGACGCCAUCAAAGCCCGCCAAAUCCUAAUCGACAUCAACAAGGAUAGUCAACUUGCCCCAGGCAAAGUCUCACACGCACAAUUAGUCGACUUCAUCAACAAAGCAAUCAAGACCAUACCCACCCAGGACUCCCCAUCAUUAGAAAUACGCGCAAUCAACCAGUUCAGGAAUGGAGGUACAGUUAUCGAAAUGAUGACAGCAGACGGAGCGCAACACCUCAAGAAACCGGAAAUCAAGAAAAAGUUCCUCGAAGCACUAGACCCAAUGGCAUCCAUCAAAGACCGCACAUACCAGGUAAUAAUCCAAUUCGUUCCGCUAACCUUCAAUCCAGGAAACCCAGACCACAUCGACAACCUCGAACAAGAGAACAACUGGAGCCAAGGUGUUCUAACAUCUGCACGCUGGGUCAAGCCCCCGGAAAAACGCAACAAUACUCAAAGUGUCGCUCACAUCAUGGCAUCAUUCAACGACCCGAACGUAGCUAACACUAGCAUCUGA